CCAGGUUGCUAGGCAGCAGCGUCCAGCCCGGACUCCGGAGAAAGGAAUGUGGAGCGGGAUCGGGGAGUCGAGACGUGCUGCCAUGACAGUGCAAUUGGCCCAGAGCUCACUUGCAAUGGUUUUGGGGCUCCGGGAAGCGACCUCGGGGCCGGACAUGAGCGGGCAGCAGUUGUUAGCGGAGUUGAAAGCGGAGAACCGGCGCAGCGUCUGGGAUGGGCGGCUGGUUCAGGCCGUAUCUGGCCUAAUGCUCCUCGGCUGCCUGAAUAGUUCAGUGUUAUUGCUGGGCGGCAGCGCCUCACACCUCCAGGUCCUCAGGGAAGCCUGGAGCCGGAGAGCGCUGAGGGCACCCCGCGGAUUCCGCAUCAAAGCCAUUGGUGAUGCACCCGUAAUAUCCAUGAAGCCCAUUCCUCAGUCUCAGUUUGUUCCCUUGGCAGAAGUGCUUUGUUGUGUUAUUUCCGAAAUGAAUGCUAAUCGCACAGUUGUGACCCAGGAAGCCCUAUUGGAAUAUUUGGUUGAGUGUUAUCCAGGUAUAGCAACACCCUCUCAAGAGAUAGUGCACAGUGCCUUGGGCUCCCUGAUUCAGGACAGGAAGAUUUAUCACACUGGAGAAGGCUAUUUCAUUGUCACUCCACACACCUACUUCAUUACAGGCAGCACAGGGAAACAGAGACAGCCCUGGAUGCUAUGUGAGGAGAACACUGCCUCACUUGAUCGUAUUACAUACCUGGUGAGUGUAGAAAGCAGUCAGAAACCAUUGAGGAAGGACAAGGCACUUCUCAAUGGAGUCUCCCACUGCAAGUCCUGUCGCUGCUUCAGCCAGCCAGAGGAGGAGCAACAGGCUGAGUCGCAGUUCUGUAAGAGUAGCCCAGACCAGCGCAGCUGCAAGGAGAACAAGCCAGCAGUCCAGCACAGGGCCACUUCUACAGUGAUUGGGCCUUGUAGGGCCAAAGAGAAGGGAAAUCCCAUCCGAAAGCUCAGCCUCAGCCUGUUCUGGCGCAAGAAAAAAAAAGAGAUCCCCAAGAGAGUAUACGGGACUUUUUCAGCCCAGUUUCCCCCAGAGGAGUGGCCGGUACGUGAUGAGAACAGUGUGGGGAACAUUCCACGAGACGUGGAGCACCAACUCAUCAAACGCAUCAAUCCCGGACUGACUGUGGAGAACCUGGUCAGGCACACUCUGCUGAUGAAGAAACUGAGCAGAGAGAACAUUGCUCAAUGUCACAGCAGUGACUCACUGGACCAGCUGAUUGGCAAGCAGAGGCGUCAUUCUAAAGAAAACCCACAAAAGACAGCAGCUAAAUUGCAACCACAGCAACGUAGAGUGAGGUCCAGAAGGGAGAAGAAAAGACUGAAGCCUAAGGGAUCACUGCAACCAACCAAUGAUCUGCCCAAGACUAGGAAUGGUCCAAAUGUGAAGAAACUGGACAAGCGCAGGAGUGAAGGAGAGCAAAUGCUUCAUGAGGAGCCGCCAACCCAGGCUUGCAGGAGUAGAACCCCAACCAAACACUCUCACCAGAAAAGAAUCGAUGGUUCUUUCACCAAGAGCAAAUGCCAUCACACUCAAAAAUCCACAAUCAACAACCCAAGGGUGAGGCUAAGGUCACAGUCUGUGGACUCUUUUGCCAGGGCACAGGACGCUGUCUUAGGAAGAGAGAGUGCUCCGGAGAAGUGCCAACCCAACACUGCUGUCCAUUUCAGGCCAGCAGAGGAAGAUAAUGAGCAGCAACUACGAAGUCAUGAUGUUAGGAUAGAGUGUAGAAACCAGGUUCUCUCAUGUUACACUAUCCCUAUUGGCUGUGAAUCCCACGACUGUCUGAACAAAAACCAAACACCUGCUCCCCCUCAAAAUAUACACACUUCAAAUUUCAUCCUUGCCUGCUAUCACCAAGAGCAGGAGACACAGGAAUUUAGCAAUGUAACAAUGCCAGAGGUUAGCUAUGAGUAUGAAGAUAGUUCUGUCCCUCAAGCCUUGUGUGAUCGAAUUUCCAAGCAGGGUCAGAAUCCCACCACCUCUACAACAGUGAAGUGUGCGAGUAUGGAGAGGCUCUCAAGCCUUUCUCAUCUGUCUGAUGCACAACUUGUGUCCCUAGAGCAAGCACACCAGUCUGAGGGUGAAACAGCCAGCCAACCAGAGACUGACGAGGGUGAGGUCUUCACUGAUGAAGAUCAGACCUUGUAUCAGAGAGAGCUGGAGGAGGAUGAUGCCUGCAGUUCACUUUACCUUGACGAUACAGAGCUGUCCAUACACCUGCCUGGUCUCGACUAUGCUGAUGAACCUGGGAGUGAAGGUGUGCCAAGUGAGUUGUCCAGUGAAAGCUGGGUUUUAUCCAAGAUGUUGCUGCAGGAGGAGCAAACUGCAGAAAGUGAAUUUGCUGAACAGCAGGUGGAGAGCUGGUUAAAAGGAGCAAGUGACAGCAGUAUGGGACAGUCGACGCCAUGCUGUGGGAAGGAGCCUCACAGUCCGUUUUGCAGAUACCAGCCAAUGUUACCUCUGCCAUAUGAACACCUGGAGAAAGAGGAGCCUCCAAGUGGGUGCAGGGACCUCAUCAGCAGUAUAUUUGAUUUUUCCAACUUGACCGUUGCUAACUCUUCUCCAGAGACCCUUUGUACAUCUAGUAAUGAAGGCACCAGAAACCCAGCCGGUCAGGGCCUCUGGGCUGGGCAUCCCAGAAUGAAAACUCAACUGAUGAGAAAUUUGGACCACAACCAAUUUCAUCACCACAUCCACAGUACUGCAUUAUCACAGAGCAGCCAAGAUGACAACACUCAUCUGGAGUUGCUGGAAAACCACAGCAUUACUGGAGAUAGUGGUAUUGAUUCACCAAGGACCCGAGUCAGUUUGGCUUCAAACAAUUCGAUCAUUCUGGACAGCUUGAGGCGACGGAGUUUGAUGCAGAAUUAUGGAACUUUGAACACUACUGGGCAGAAUGGUGUUUUAUCUCAGCAUCCUUUACUGCAGCUCACCCCAGUAAUGAAUGUUUGAUUGGAGGCUGUGCUAACUGACUCAGCAAUGUAAAAUGACACAUAAAUAUAUAGCUUCUGGGGGUUGUAAAUGGUAAAUGAGUUAGGAAUUGCACAGCUAUUAUGAAAUCAGGACAAAAGUACCGAUGCUGGAAAUCUGAAACAAAAACAGAAACUGUGAGAAAACCUCAGCAGGACUGGUAAAACUGCAAAGAGAAAUCAGAGUUAAUACUUCAGGGUCCAGUGACCCUUCUUAGAACCAGUUCUGAAGAAGGGCCACUGGACCCAAAACAUUAAUUCCAAUUUGUCUCCACAGACGCUCCUGAACCUGCUAAAAUUUUCCAACAAUUCCUGUUUUUGUUUAUGAAACAAAAUCUUUUUUACUAAUGGCCUUUGAAUUGCUCCCAUUUACUGACUUUUUUUAGUUAGUUCCUGGUUAUGUACUACUAGCAAUGUCAGCAUUUAUUUUCCAUCCUUAUAUACCCUUGUUAGUGCUUUGGGUACAUGUGAUCAGCUCGGUGAGCCACUUAAGGACAGUAAAGAAUGCACCACUUUAUCAUGUGUCUGGAUUUUUAUGGCAAUCCACAAGUUACGUGAUCACCAUUUUGGAUUCUAGCUUUUUAUUUCAAAGUUUAUCCGAUGAAUAGAAUUUAAAUUUCAGAUUGGCUGAUUACAGGUCCUGUAAUAUAUCCAUUAUGCUUAUCUCUUCUUUUAAUAUUAGUUUUAUUUGGAAAAACUAAGUAUUUUCCGUGUUAGUAAAAGAGAUGCUUGUGCAAAAAAUUAAAACACAUAAAAACUUUUUUUAAAAAGUAAUCUUUCAAAAUAUGAGUUUGCAUUUUAUGGGUGAAAGAUAGAUGCAAGUAGUAUUUACCAAGGAUUUCCAGAAAGAUGUUGAAAAUUCUAAGUUAGUUUGAUUGGUUAGAUAUAUUCUAAUUGUAGUGAUUGUAACAAGAUCAGCCAGGUGGACAUCAUAGAAUGUGAGUUCUCUGAUUGGGGCUGUUAAUCUGAUUCAAUCAGGGAGCCCUAGCUGAUGAUAUAAACAGGAGUGUCAGAGAUGCUGUUCACUCUGAGAGCUGGCUCUGAGGAAGCUGGAUCACUGUCAAGAACUCUCCCAAGUGUAAA